GGAGGUGGUGGGGGAUAGUGAUGGUCUUGAUCGAGAUAGUCUAUCUUCCUGUGGAUGCGUCCAUAAGCUCUUGUGCUAAAAAGACGCUUUGCGGUAGAAUAGUAGCUGCAGCGUAGAAUCAACGAUGUUCACGGUCAACCAGCUUAACAACAGAUACAACCUUUCCGAGGAUGACAUCCGCAAGAUGAAGACGGUCUACGAGACCAUAGCAUACUCCUUCAAAGGUCCUUUGCCCACAGAGGACUUUAAGGCUCUUGAGAUGGAGCAUUACACGGAUGAGAGGGGGUCCACACAGUUUUUCUACCUCACAUCGGAGACGGGGGAAGUGGCUUCGGUGACCGAGAUUGUGCCACGUAGCGGUAACCACGACAACAGCACCAACCUCUUGGUGACGAUGGUGUUCACCAACCCGAAGUACAGAAGACGGGGACUUAUUGCAAAGCUCAUAAACUGGGUUAUUAACUUCUACGAGACAGGGGUGCUUGAGAGUGACGAAACGCUGCUGCUUUCGGAUUCCAUCAGGAAAGAAGAGUGCAGGGCCUACGUCGACUCCAUUUUGCCCCAGGCACUCAGGGCAUCGAAACGGAUACAUUGGUCGUUGUACAGCAUCAUUGGCGACUACUACAAGCAGUUUGGGUUCGUGGGAUGUGAGGAUAUCACCUGGCUGGAAAUCACGGCCACGGCACUUGCGCAGGAAGAUAAGGCUGUCCAGGGAAAAGACUUCACGGCUGAUGCUCGGACAGAGAGACUGCUAACCGCAGGCGAUUUGAAGGAAUACUUCUUUGACGACGAGUACGCGCUACCCAAGGUCAUCGACGAACAUCUGCUCAACUGCGAUGCUGAGGAGUCCUCCUUCCCGGGCUUCAUCGAAAGAAUCCAGUCGUACGUGAAGAUGCAUGAGUCUGAAAUCGAGAACAGCAAGUUCUUCGAGACAUGCGGCAUCCUCAUCACCGACCCUCACAAUGCAGACAUCAAGACGAUCGUCUUCAUUUGCCCGUUCUUCUUCAUCAAUAGAAUUGUCGUCAACAGGGUUUACACCAGCGCUCCGGACAUCAGCACAUUCCAACACCAGUGGCAGAGAGCCUCCCAGUUUGUCCACAAUUACGCCGCAACCACAUGGACCACUCUUCCAUGCUUGCAGAGCGUCCCUGCGGCGGACAAAGUCAUCAUGUUGGCAGACAACGACUUUGUGAGCAAGAACGGCGCAAUCAGCAAGACCGAGAUGGUCGAGGUGAUUACAAAAAAUUCCAGCUGGACCAACAAGGGCAUUGGAGCCGUCCUCCCUAUGAUCAGAGACUGGACACAGCACAAAGAGCAGCCUUCCAGACUCGCCAACAACGGCCAUUGGAGUUUCUUGUGACACUCCUGAUAGAAACAUGUAUAGUAGACCCAGGAAGGAAGAGAAUCGAAAAUGGGCCUUCACGACGACGCGUCGCCUGAUGCGGAAGCGUAUUUAUUUAUUUACUCGUUUAUUUACAUGGUUAUUUUUCUCGUAUCCCCAAAGAAGAAUAGAUAUUACAACAACGAAACACGCUAUUUUCAGC